GAAGGGUCUGGUCCGAUGGUUUAUUCAAUUUCACGGAUGCUGCCGGACCUGCUCAGCUCCUGCAGCAUUUUGCGUGAAGGUGGAGAGCGCUCUGUUCUCCUCCUGGUCGCCAGGGGGCAACAGGGAGCCCGAGCGGCGCCGCGACGUCAUCAACGGGCGCCCCGGGUGAGUGGUCGCGCUGUCCCGGUGACCUCAGUUUGUUCGCUGCCGCUGCUGCGGCUUCGGGAGGUGUUGGAGAUGCCGCUGGGUUACACGCCGGACGAGAAGGCGCGAUUCGAGCAGCUGGUGAAGUUGCGGCGCCAAUGGCUAAAGGAUCAGGAGCUGAGUCCCCGGGAACCCGUCCUUCCCGACAGCAAAGGGCCUGUGGCCAGGUUCUGGGAGAGCUUCCUGCAGCCGCGCAGUCUCUGGCGGAUUUAUACUUACAAGGCAUGUAAUGCAGGUUGGUGGACUCUGAGUCGAUUACUGAUUCCUGCUUGGGUUGUUCAUUAUUACAUAAAGUACCAUGUCGAUGCUAAACCAUAUGGUAUUGUAAAUGUGAAGCCCAGGAUUUUUCCAGGUGACACAGUUUUGGAAACUGGGGAAGUGAUUCCACCACUCGUCAAAGAUGAGCAUCCGAAGCACCAUUAAAGGCUCAUGUUGGCAUCUGAUGUCAAUGGUAUAUGAUUAACUUCAAAUGAAAGACACAAAUGCAGCUGUUCCUUUUUGAAUGACUUAUUUAUCAUUAAAAUACUGAUUUACCAGUAUUCGGAACACAAUCACUUGUUUCUUAACUUC